AUGAAUAUUACCAUCUAUAGAUCAUAUCUGAAACCAUCACUUUUUAGAUUGCAUUUCGAUCGAGACAUGGCUCAUCGCGAGGAAUUAGCUACCCAUGUUCGUAAAACAUUGUUCUUUGUGACAAGAUUUGGAGCACCUGCUGCUUCAUUGGCUUUCGCCAAGAGACCGUUGAGCGUCUGGGGUAUCAUGGUCUGGAAAUCGGAUCCUUCGAUGACUGUAGCAUUAGAGCAAUCACUCGAGUUUCUUGCCAUGGUAGACUUUAUGACUGAAAUGUGGCAGUCAGAACGUAAGUAG